AUGUCGAACAAAGUAAUCAAAGAAGAUUUUGUAUUAGUUUCAUGCUUCUACAAUAUUGGGAACUUUGAAAAGCCAGGUGGAGUCCGGAAGCCUUCCCAGUAUUAUGAGUGGAUCAACAAAUACGGGUUUGUCAAAAAUCACAUUGUGUUUUUCUCGGAUAGCAAAUCUAUUCUCAUCCACCUGUUAAAGGUCCGAAAAGAAAAGCAAACCACCGCUGUUUAUCUUUCUCGUUGGGAGUUGAUUGGAUUUAAAAAUAUUCGGAGAAUACAGGAAAUAUUCACUCUUCCGGGUUAUAGAAAGUAUCCACUCCAAACGGGGAAUUUCCAGUAUUCGGCAAUCAUGCAUUCCAAACACGAACUGGUCGAAAGGGCCAUUCGAAUGUUUUCAAAUACGUCCUCGUAUUUUGCAUGGGCAGAUGUGGGGUUAUUGCGUAAUACCGACCCUCAAAUGGACUAUAUUUUGACAACUUCCAAAUACAUUGACAAAACCAGCAUUUUCUGGUCCCAGGUAAAAGAUUUUCAUGAAAGAUCUAUUGAAAUAAUCACCAAAGACGCCCACGAGUGGGUUGGUGGUGCCAUGUUCGCUGGUCAUGUCCAAGUCGUUCUUCAAUUCUGCGAAGCGUACAAAAAAUUAUUUUAUAAACUCCUGGACCUCAAUUUAAUCGCUACAGACGAACAAGCUCUCUACAUUCUCUUCACACGUCAAGGACGGGCUCUAACAGACAAUAAUGUCAGUAUACACGUGUACAAAUGUGGGUAUUUUGGACUUUAUACUCUCUUCUCAAAUGUUAAAACUACUGACAAAUGUGACUUGCAUAGAUUCUAUUUUAUAUAA